AUGGCGGAGGUGGCGAAGUUCACAGAGCAAGUGAUUAUCAAGCUGGCUUAUGCUGCUGAGGAGGACAGGGAGCUUAACAGGCAAUCCAAGCCGGCCACCAGCAAGCUGAAAAUGCUCGAAUUUUUCGUUGGAGUGGCUGAGAAAUGCCGAUCGAUUUGGAUGAUGAAACAGUUGGUGUGGAGUGGGCUGGGCAUGCUGGUGAGGUAUUUCCUAGAGCACAAGGAAGAGACGCAGGAGAAUAAAUUGUUGGCCAAUAGGCUGAUUGAGAAGUGGAGCUGUGUGGUUUUUGACACAGGGAUUUGUCAAAGCAAGGUCGUCCACGAUGAAACAAUUUCUUCUCCAUGGAAAAAGCGACCGGUAAUAGCGAUUGUCGAAGAAAAUUUGGAUCUCAGGGAGAAGCCAUCUUCAAAAAAGAGAAGAAUUCCACCAAUCAUAGCUCCCCAGCCCAUGACCAUGAAUUUCUCGAUUCGUCCGAAGUCUAAGUUUGAUGGAGAAGCGAUUAGAGAGAGUAUAAUGCAACGUGAAGCAAUGGAAUCCAAGAGGGCGAGGAUAAACAAGUCCAUGAAGCGACUACACGAUGCCAACAGGGGAAGGCCCAGAGUCAUGGGGGGCCGAGGUGUCCUAAUGUAA